CUUGAAAGACAGCAAGUGGAAUCAUUGGCAGCGGCAGCAUCAGGAUCAUCAGCAGCAGCGCCACCCCAAUCCACGACACGAAUAAUUUUGUACGGAUACGUACACCGCGAAUACAYAGCAUUGCGGGUCGAUCGGCACACCAGACCAAACAAAAAGCCAGUCGAUUGCCAUGCCGAGGUUCGGUUUUGGAUCCGGGGGUAGCAAUGGGAUUUCGCUGAACUCUCCGAGAAACAAUUUCUCCUCUCGAUCCAGGGGAAGCGAYCAGGCACGAAAGGAAAAAGAAAGCAAGUCGUCGGGCAAGGCCCGGAGGCGGAAUUUCGGAUUUUUGAAAAGCGGCAUCGGGAAGACCGAAAAGUCGGGCAUAGAGAACAAACUAUCCAUCUCCCGGCGUCGGGAGCACGCCAAGCAGCUGGCGAACCUGGCCUACUCAGACGAUCCCACCAGCAUCGCCACUACCGCUACCAGCACUAGCACKAGCAGCCAACAACACCAUCACCAGCAACUAAACAAUUUUGCCAGCUUUGCGCAAGUCCCGCCACUUGUUCCACAGAAGAAGAGCCGAAAGAUCGUCAGCAGGCCGCGGACCGCGAGCAACAAGAGCCAAGCCAGCAGCAAUUCAAAUCUCAGCAGCGAGGUCGACGCCUUUGGCAGCUCGGAUCCCUUUGCCUCUUUUGACGCUUUUGGGGCGGGCUUUGCGGCCGGCGACACAAGUGCCAGCGCUCCUUCUUCGGCUGCUGGGUUUCCAGAUUCUGGCUCCCGCGAGUUUUCAGAGAUGGAUUUUUUCUCUGACCAAAUGGCUGGUGCCGUGACCCCCGCGAAGCAGUCGCUCCAGAAGAAGAAGCAAAAACCGAAGGCAUCAACACCGGCAUCAACGACUUCAAAUACACUCGUUUCAACGGAAAAGACAUUUUUCACCGACGAUGAAACGGCUUCCUUCUCUUCUAACCACACCAACAGCGAGCGCACCAAGAGCAGCCAGAACAGCAGCGUCAGUGUUGCGGCCCGGAGGCGGAUGCGAAGCCACAUGCAACGGGCCGCCAACGGCCAGGGCAACGGGAAUCACGACACUAGCAGCAGUGCAUCCAGCGUUGGGUCGGCUUUCUCGGCCUCCCAGGAGUCCCACUCCUUUCCCCCGCUGCACACACAGUUCCCCCCGGGGUCCCCUCCGAUGGCACAGAACCGGAAAAACCGGGUGGCGGCAUACAGCCGCAACAGCUCGGGGAGCCUGGGCAGCGGGAGUAACCACAACAACGACCCUCACUCCUCUCCCUUUCGCAGGGAUCCAUUCGGAGGUAGUGCAGGGAGCGUGGGCAGCUCGAAUGCAAACCACAGUGUGUCUUCUCCUGGCGUCAACCUUUUCGAUUCUGGAUCUGAGAUCGGCGGCGGCGGGUUUACCUUCGACGCUUUUGGUCUGGACCAGUCCCAGGUGGAAAGGGAGGUGAACGACGCCAUGCAGGAUAUUCUUGGGGAUGGGGGAUUUUCCAUUUUUGUGGAGAAGGGCAGCGUUGUAGGGAGCGCCGCGGGAAGUGGCCACCAAAGUAAUUCGUCCUUUGGCCAGAACGAUAGCUUCAGUGGGCACCAAACCGACGCAAGCGACGAUAGCUUUGUGCCGCAGCACUGGGAUUCGUCUCCGAACACAAGCCGGAAUGCAUCCCCUGUUCCGCUGUAUCACCCACAGAGUGGAAGCAAAACCGGCCACCAUCACCACCAGAAUGGCAACCAUUCUUCAAGUUUUGCAGAUGGCUUUCACGUCGACAACUAUCCCACCACUCCGCAAAGAGAACCACUCCCCCACCAGCCACAAUCUGCUCAGCAGCGCCGGAUGGAACGCAGAAUGCAACAAGGUGCCGAUUUUACGCCAUCCAAAGGAACCAACCCUCUACGCAAUGCCGUCUCGGAGCCCCCGAAAAAGAGCAGAGUAGCCAGGUCAUCAUUGGAUUUCGCAAAGGAUGCGUUUGACAGCAGCRCCACGAAUUGGAAGGAGAGCGAUCCAUGGGAAGACGAUCCUUUCGCCUCUUCCGACGGGGGUGGACGGAUUUCGGAGCUAUUCUCCGGGCGGGGGAGCAACGAUUCGUUCUCGGGGCCCACGGCCCGUAGGCUGUAUUCGGAAACGCAAUCGAACGUCCAGGACUACUACCACUCKGGAACAGCUGCUGCUGCUAAUUCCCUUUUGGAUGUGAUGUCUCCAAGCACUCCCUCGAGCAAAGCAGGAAAUAACGAACACAUGCAAGCUUCUGCCUUUUCUGAUACGAAGUCGGACGUGGGGUUCUCAGGGAACAGGUUUUCCUUCGAGGCCUCGUCGCCCAGUUUCUUCGAGCUUCCACCUCCGGAAGAAGACGCGGGGAACCAAAGCGAGAGCGACCAGAGCGACGACAUGGACCAGAUGCAAGAUGAUCUAGCACACGAGUUCGCCAGGGAUAUUGUGCGGAAGACCAUAUCUCCAGCCGCACGAAGCCAGCAGAGCAGCCAGAGCCGAAGAAAUCGAUAUUUCGGUGGCGAUCACAUUGAUGAGAACGAUCGAGAACAGAAUUCCGAGUAUCCUUCUCAAUCGAUAAACAACACACGAGAUUUUAAUCGAGCCAAUACACCCAAAGAAACGACAGAACCCACUAAGCGAUAUGGCAAUUUUCGAUCCCGGUAUGAAUCGCAGAGCAAGUCAAGACUGGAAGCGUCGGAAUCGGCAUCGAUUGAAGCAACGAAGGCGUCAACGAGUGUUCCCAAAUGGAAACAGAAACAGCAGGCCGCCCUACGAAACCAAGAAGAGCUCCCAAUAGAGGAGAAGAAGGAGGAAGAGAGAGCCGCGCAUCCAGUAAAUAGAGAACAGACGCAACCAAGGAGGAUUAGCAGCUUGAAAGCGAGAUGGGAGGCAAAAACCCGUCCCCCACCAGAGAAACAGAUCCCAAGAGCCUCGCCGAAAGCGAUCGAGCGUUCAGAUCACACCAGGCGGAGCAUAAGUAUGAUGGACAAUUCGUUCGAGAUGCUAACACCGGAUAUGGUGGAACAGAGACGGCAAGAACGAAACAAGAACAAAUUCGAUAACCUUCGAAAAUCAAUGGGGGUUAUGGAAGAGGAAAUCACGGUGGAUGAUCAAACGCCCAAGUCCGACAGCGGAGGAUGGAGAGAUGGAUCCACUGUCGCGAAUGCAGCCUUGAACCGUAUGCAUGAAGCAUCAUCUCCAGGAAAGUUUCAAUCCUCGGGCACAAUGGCAGACAGCAAGUCGGACAUUGGAUCUUCACCUUCCUACGUUGCGAACGUUCGGCUUCGGAAGGUAUCGAGUCCGCAUGCUGUACCGAGAAGCCCAAUGAUGGAUAGGAGUGUUGACAAGAGCACGCUAAGCGCAGAAAAUAAUUAUUCCCCUUCCCCUGCAUAUCAGUCUCCUGUUGUGGAAGCCCCCCCUGAACGAAAAUUGACUUACAGAGAACGCCGAGAAAGGGAAUUGAAAGCGCACCGCGAGAAAAAAGCAGCAGAGGCUGCAGAAGCUGCAAAUCAAAAACCAGUAGAAAGGAAGAUGACGUAUAGAGAGCGACGAGAAAUGGAGUUGAGAAACCAACGCGAGCAAGAAGAGAAAGCGGCAGCACAGUCCCCAGUGCCAGACAAACAAAAAGAAAGGAAACUGACUUAUAGAGAAAGACGGGAGAUGGAAUUGAAAGCACAACGAGAACAAGAAGAACAAACUAACUUGCAAUCAACUUCUCAGCAAUCCCAUGAUGUGGCUUCGUUAAUUCGGAAGAGAAUAUCAGCAAAUAAGUCAAAGGGUAGGGCAAGUUCACACGAAACAUCGUCAAGAAGUUUGCCAAAUGUUCAGGAACAGGAAGAAGAGGAGAAUAAUAACUCCCGAGUACCCCAGCAUUGCCCAUCUCCUUCUCGUCAACAUUCUAUGUUGAACAAGCCCAACGCUCCCAGUGAGUUGAAGGUUUCCACCAACGAAGGGAUUUACUACGAAGAAGACGCUGCAAUCAACGCCAUAGACAACCACCGAAGUCCCCAACGAAAUCCAGCGAAAAUGCUAGAAAAUAUGCUUGCAACAAGAGCACCUCCUCCAACGAAGCAGCCUUCUCCAAAGGUAUCAAGCUCUCCCUCAACGUCACGGAGAAAUUCAGCGCAAAUGCUUGAAAAUAUGUUGGCAGCUAGAGCUCCUCCUUCCAUCGAGCGGCCGCCUUCUGACGAGGAACCCGGCUCUCUCUYAUCUUCUCGCAAAGAUUCUGCGAAAAUGCUUGAAAACAUGUUUGCAGCAAGAGCCCCUCCCUCCAUUAAGCAGAAUGCUGCGAAGAAACCCAGCUCUCAGGCAAAGUCCCCUCAUGUUAUGCUCGAGAACAUGCUUUCUGCCAAACAAAAUCCCAAGCCUGAUGUAUCACAAUCGAAGACUGCACCAGGUGAUGAGGCACCGCAAGGUGAUGUGAAAUCGAUGCUAUCGGGCUUUCUCUCGAAACGAGCGCCACCUGCGCUUCAAUCGCCUGCUAGGAAAGGCGAUACCGAGUCUCUACAGAAGGAUAACGUUAGAUCACAGACGGUAGAGAGUGAUGAUGUCCCAGCACCUGCUACCCCUUCUACACAUAAACCUUCGUCCGGCCUUCCUGUAAUAAAGGAUGAUCCGAAAUUUGAAAAAUACUUCAGAAUGUUGAAGAUGGGACUACCGAAGGAAGUUGUAAAGCAUGCGAUGGUUAGAGAUGGACUGGAUCCUUCAAUUUUGGAUCUCGAUCCAAACAAGCCCGCCGGUGUCCCCCUCAAGGAAGAUCCCAAGUUUCAAAAAUACUUCAGGAUGUUGAAAAUCGGCAUCUCAGUGGACCAAGUGAAAAAUUGUAUKGAAAGAGAUGGGCUACAACCUAGUAUAUUAGACCAGGAUCACAAUCUCCCAGUAAUCGCCAUCGAAAAACCAAAAGAGAAGAAGAAGAAAGAAACGCAUCGCCGUGCACGAUUGCACUGGAAAACUAUUCAAACUGUAGUGAAGAAUUCUCUAUGGGCGGAGGUCCAAUCGGAAGUAGGUGGAAUCGACAUUGAUGAAGAAGAGUUCAGGGACCUGUUCCAAGCAGAUCUCAAGGCUUCAAAAGUAAUGAAGUCGCCUUCUAGUGCUGCUAAGAAAAAAGGUGCCGCAGUUCGAGUCAUUGAUUCCAAGCGAGCAAAUAAUGGAGGUAUCAUUCUCGCUCGUGUGAAACUCACGCAUGAUCAAAUGGCGGAAGCAGUUGAUCAGAUUGACGACUCUACCUUAACAGCAGAACAAAUCGAAAAUGUGAUCGAGUAUCUUCCCACGAAGGAAGAACGUGAUGCUUUGGAAAAAUAUAUGCUCGACGGCGGGCAAGAUGCGGCUCAGAAAUUCGACGGUUUGUGCGAAUGUGAGAAAUUUAUGGUAUCAAUGAUGACUGUGAAACACGCAAAACGCAAGAUUCGUGCGCUGCUCUUCAAAUUACAAUUCAUGACGUGCAUGGAAUCUAUUGCAAAAGAUGCCCAAAUGAUUGAUACUUCUUGUGAUGAAUUGGUAAAUUCCAAUCGCCUUCGACAACUGCUUGGAAUUAUUUUGCAGUUCGGGAACCGUCUGAAUACAGCUGGCAAUAGUAGCAAAGGAAAAGCCGGAGGUUUCUCUCUUGAAUCGCUUUCCAAAUUGAGCGUGGCUAAGGCUUUUGACAAAAAGACAACAUUUCUUCACUAUAUUGUCUUAAUUGUCCAGAGAAACAAUGAACUCCUCCUCAAAUUUUACGACGAUAUUCCGACUGUCAUGGAAUCAACUUCUGUGUUUUGGGAUCAGUGCCAACAGGAUUUGGAAGAAGUCGAAAAUCAGCUUGAAAACGUUCGCAGAAUUUCUCUCCAUGAGGCAAGAUCGCAUCAUCAAGCGAGCGAGAUCAGUGAUGAUGACAGUCUUGGAGAGAUGGAGCUUACACUGGAGGAGGAAGUCAUAUCACUAAGGGCAACUCAGACAGGACUGUUUACUCUUGGUGCCAUCAAGCAGGUUUCUGUAUUGCGCGAAAAGAUCGAACGAACGAAGGCAAAAUGUUUGCGUAUGAACGAAUAUUUUGGCGUAAAGGAUACAGAACCGCAGGAGAUCUUUACCGCGUUUGCGGACUUCACGAGAGACUUUCAAAAGGCAAAAGAGCAGGUGUUUUCGACAGCUCACAAAAAGUUGCGUGAAGAGCGGAAAAAAGCGAGACAAAAAACUCCCACGAAAGCAAAAUCUCUUCCAUCUGCGGGCUCCAAGCGCGCUCCUCCUGGUAAACCUUUGAUCAGAGCAUCCAGCCACCAGCCAAAUAUGGGGAAAUUGUUCGGCGAUAUUAAAAAGCGUCAGACGUCGACAGAUGACAACAUCCAGUCAUCCAGAGCCGACCUUUUGAGUUCCAUCAAUGGAAGGAAAGCAUCGGGCAACACGAAUACUCCUUCUGCCAGAACAAGUCUGCUGAGUUCCAUCAAAGAACGCCAGUCUCCUUCGGAAAACAAUGAUCCUAGAGCAGGCUUAUUGAAUGCCAUCAAGGAGCGCAAAUCGCCCGAAAAUGGCAAGGGGGGGCUUUUGGAAGCUAUCAGCCUGAGCCGUUCUUCAUCUGGGAGCAAUGAGGAACGCAAACCGUCGUUCGAAAAUAAUAGGGCGGGUCUCUUGAAUUCAAUCAAAAACCGGCAACCGGCCUCAGAAUUUAAAAACUCGAACACGUCCACAGAAUCGGCUAGAGAAAAGAUGAGGCAAAAGGCGAUGAGAAAUCAAAGAAGCUACAGUAAUCCUCGCAUAAACGCUGCCGCCGAAGCCAUCCCAUCCCAGGCAUCACUCAAACCAAUUAGUACCAGGUCGCCCAGGGAUACAAUGAGAAAUCACCGCCGACGAGUGGCGGACGCCGUACGAGCUCGAAAUGCGAAUGCUCAAGGAACGCAGUAGCUGGCUUGAAUAAAUUCACGACAGGGCG